AUGCAUGUGAGCUUUUCAUUCACUUCACCAGAUCUGGAGAUUUCUGGUUUCCUCUGUUUGAAAGACUUUGGCGGUUGCCAAAGAUACUGCGAAAUACGUAAGGAGGUUUUCUUUUUGUGUAUUACGUUAGGAUCCAUUCAUGUCGAAUCGCUUUCUGAGUGCUCUCUGUUUAGCGCAGUUCUGUCGUGCCUACUGUAACCCUUUGUGUUGCACAUCCAAGGUCCUUCGAGAAUUAAGAUGCACAGGUCAUGUACCUGAAAGCGCUUACCGCGUGGAUUCCACCGAAUUCAAAAUAUUACCGCAGCCGUGGAAGGCUGCCGAUGGAGAAUCGAGUGGAGUCUAUGCCGAAGAUUUAAUUGUAUUCAAAGGCGGAGCUUCCAACGCUGAAAUGGAGUUGGGAAAGACGCGGUUUGCCUUGAACCUCGUAACAAGCCUAAAUGGGAGAACGGGGAAUGUGGAAUCAACAUUUAAGUAGGUUACUGAAAGCAGGAGGCAUUGUAAAACACCUCUGCGAAAGACCAUGUUCCAGCGGUAAAGACGUAAGAGUGCUCUUAUCAUUUUCAGUAACAAGGUUGGACUUCGUCGCCGAUCGUUCAACGAAUCCUUUGUCAAUGAUCUUUUCAUGGCUGGAAUAAUACCAGAACCAAUGUUAUCAAUCGGUUACAGUUUGCAUCGAGCUAACCGGCAAAUUAUCUUUGGCGAACAUGUAAAGGAACAUUGCGGGACGUACAACAAACUCGACCUGACAAAUCGUCUAGAAUUUAUGUUUGAUGGAGUGCAAGUCGAAUUUAUGAGCUAUAAAGCCAAACAAAAUUUCCGGGUAAGCUGUCGGAGAGGUUUAACCAUCAGAUGAGACUGACUGACUUAUGGUACCGGUGGGGCUGGUCAAAAAUCCUCCAUAGCAAAGGCUGCCGAGAUAUUUGCCAAUAACCAGGAUGCCAAUACAUUCAAUCGAAAUCUGUGUGUUUGGAAAGCUAGAAUUCGCUUAUUCGGAAAAGAAAUGGGUUCCUUUUCGUGCGAGAGGGAACGUCUUUUCUCUGUCUCUCUUCCCAAAUAGGGAACCUCUGAAGAAGAAACGUCAGUUAUUGUUGCCAAUCAUUGUUUCGAUUGUGGUUAAUCUCCUCAUAACGGCCGUUAUUAUAGAUUGGAAUCACCGAAACUGACAUCUUCUACGCGCCAGAUUAUGUGUUAACGCAUCUUCUAAACAGCCAAGUUAUCUCUCCUAAACCAGAUUCGGGUUUCGUCUACAAUAUUACCACCAAAAUCACGCAGAACUUCACGUGGAUCUUGUCCGAUGGCUUUCAAAUUGAUCUGGAAGAUUAUAAUGUUCUUCGAAAUUCGUCUACGAGUAGUACUAUCAAUAUUCGUACCAUUAGUUCGAACCCAGACAACAUGCAGUGGAUCCUAAGUUCGGCUGUAUUUUACGAGUACUGUAUGUAUAUCGAUUAUGGGAGGAAUUUGAUGGGAUUUGCGAAUUGUUUGACCUGCGGAAAUAAUAAACGAUAUGGAUAG